AUGGCCUAUAACCUCUCUCCAGAAAAAUUUAUAUUUAAUCCAGAGGAGGCUGUCAUUAUAAAAAAGAAUGGGAAAAGUUUACACGAGAUUAGCUUUCCAUUCAAUAAGCGCACUAUUCAAGCUUGGUGCAUAAGACAUGAUAAUCGAUCUGAGAAGAAAGGUUUAUACCCGGCCGUAUUAGAGGAAUUAUCUGCGAUGAGACAAGAACUUAAAGCGCAACUUGCCUCAUUAGGAAAGAAGAAGGAUCAACUUGGAAAGAUAAUAAGUUCGGUGAAAGAAAAGGGUAAAAGAAUUCCUGAGAAGUUAGAUUUAGAAUAUAAAUCUCUUUGCUUCGAAUAUGACUGCUUGAAUUCAAAGCAGAAAGCUGUCAAGCUAUUUAUGAAUACCUUUUAUGGAGAGGCUGGAAACCCAUUAUCUUCAAUCUUUCUCCGUGCAUUGGCCGGAGGAACCACUUCCGCUGAUAAGUAUUUUGAAAAAUGCGAUGAAGCCUUCUCUAGAAAAGAACUAUCCAAAGAAGCGAUAAAAAGUGGGACCUCUUAUCUAAAGAUGGCUUACGAAGAGGUAUUAUUUCCUGUCUGCUUUACUGGCAAAAAGAAGUACUUUGGAGUCGGGCAUGAAGUUGUAGUAAACUUUAAGCUGAAAAACCUUUUCAUGAAAGGGAUAGAAACUGUAAAGCAAGGUAAAUCCCAGCUUCUCAAAUUCAUCGGAGAGAAAAUUAUGAGAGAGGGUAUGGAUAUUAAUAAUACACGCUCAAUUCACGAUAUUGUUGAAGAUACUCUUAGAGAAGCCCAGAACAAGGAAUGGGAUUUCAAUGAUUUUAUCGUAAUGGGUACAUGGAAGCCUAAGAAAAAUAAUCUCUGCAACAAUCGCUUUAUGAAACGUAUGAGAGAGAGAAAUGAGAGGAUUCCUGAUCCCGGCGAACGCUUUAGCUAUGUUGUUGUGAAGGGUUCCCGCCUUCGUAGUGAGGAAGGCCGGUUAAUACCAUAUAGAGUUGGGGAUUAUAUGGAGUAUGCGGGUAUAGCAAAAGAGAAAAAGAUGGAAAUAGAUAUCAAUUAUUAUUUAGGCACUACGGUUGGAAUGUGCGCACGCUUUAUCAAUGAGGAUGAUAGAUACCAACCACCACCUUCACAUAAAAUUAUGCAACUUAAAUAUUCAGAUGAAAAGGAAAAGCAGACCGACAAAUAUUCCCAGGAUGAGGCAACAAAAUGGCUUAAAAAAUAUAUAAAAGGCUUACAAUGA